CAUAGAGCAUGCGUCGCACUUUUCAUUCAGAAGAGAUGACGUUACGUGAAUGAUCAGGUGGUCAUGUGAUCAAGAUGGCGUCCGGGCAACAGUGGGUGUUAGUUGAGAUGGUGCAGGCUUUCUACGAGGCGCCUGCGUACCAUUUGAUCUUGGAGGGGAUCCUGAUUCUGUGGAUCGUUCGGCUCCUGUUCUCCAAGACCUACAAGCUGCAGGACCGCUCUGACCUGACGGAGAAGGAGAAGGAGGAGCUUAUUGAAGAGUGGCAACCAGAGCCCCUUGUCCCUCCUGUGUCGAAGGACCACCCGUCCCUCAAUUAUGACAUCGUCACUGGCCCUCCAAGCCACAAGAUCACAGUCAAUGGGAAGGAGUGCAUUAACUUCGCCUCAUUUAACUUCCUGGGUCUCCUCGACAACGGGCGAGUGAAGAAACAGGCUUUGGCGUCUCUGAAGAAGUACGGCGUGGGCACCUGUGGGCCGAGGGGGUUCUACGGAACCUUCGAUGUUCACUUGGAGCUGGAAGAUCGCUUGGCGAAGUUCAUGAGGACGGAAGAAGCCAUUAUCUAUUCCUACGGCUUCGCCACGAUAGCCAGCGCCAUCCCCGCGUACUCCAAGAGGGGGGAUAUUGUGUUUGUAGACGAGGCGGCGUGCUUCGCCAUCCAGAAGGGCCUGCAGGCGUCCCGCAGCUUCGUGAAGUACUUCAAGCACAACGACAUGGAGGACCUGGAGAGGCUGCUCCGGGAGCAGGAGCAGGAGGACCUGAAGAAUCCUCGGAAGGCUCGCGUGACCCGCAGGUUCAUCGUCGUGGAGGGGCUGUACAUCAACACUGGCGACGUGUGCCCCCUCCCAGAACUGGUGAAGCUGAAGUACAGGUACAAGGUGCGGAUCUUUCUGGAAGAGAGCAUGUCCUUCGGCGUUCUCGGAGACCACGGACGGGGCGUCACAGAGCACUUCGGAGUCAACAUCGAUGACAUCGACCUCAUCAGCGCUAACAUGGAGAACGCGGUGGCCUCUGUCGGCGGCUUCUGCUGCGGAAGAUCCUUCGUUAUCGACCAUCAGCGUCUCUCUGGUCAGGGUUACUGCUUCUCUGCCUCCCUGCCCCCGAUGCUGGCCUCAGCUGCCAUAGAGGCCCUCAACAUCAUGGAGGAAGACCCAGGGAUCUUCGCCAUCCUGAGGGAGAAAUGCAGACGGGUCCACAGAGCUCUGCAAGGAAUUCCCGGCCUGAAGUUAGUGGGAGAGCCUUUCACCCCGGCUUUCCACCUGCAGCUGGAGAACGGCUCCGGGUCCCGGGACACGGACGUCAAGACGCUGCGGAGCAUCGUGGAUUACUGUUUGGACCGAAAGAUCGCACUCACCCAGGCUCGAUACUUGGAUAAAGAGGAAAGAUUUCUCCCACCUCCAACAAUUCGGGUGGUGGUGACCGUUGAGCAGACCGAGGAGGAUAUCGAGAAAGCCGCGCUUUUGAUCCGAGAAGCAGCGCUCGCCUUGCUGAAGUAGUUUAUCGGGGUGCAGUGGAACGGAAGAAGAACUCACGAAAAUCCACGGUUAUUCACGAAAAGUACUACGCUCGAUAUCACAGGUGGACCUGGCCAUUCACUAAGGGGGUGGGACCGCGUGCCUCUCUGUAAACUGCCCAGCUCUACAUCGCCCAUAAGCAAACGGGGGGAAACAAACGUUGUUUGAUAUUUGGCACAAGACGUCCGGUAGCCUGCUACAGCUAAUGUAACAAGGGCAGCAUAAUUGUUGCAGUUGUUUUCAUGUUCGCCCCCCCCCCCCCGUUUGUUUUUUGUGUCUAAUAACGGUAUAACAAUGACGACGAGGGGCUGAUGUUCUCUAAUCCACAUAUAAAUAAACGGGGCUGUGUAAAAAAAUGCGCAGGCUUCACUCACCGUGUGAUUACGCGUCCUGACCCACUGUAAGGCGUGUUACGUCCACUUUAAGUCCCCCUCGAAUGAUUUGUUACGCGGUCGUAUAUAUCACCGCGAACGUGUUCUGAACCCAUAAUUACUACUAUUUUAUAUAUAGAAUUACUUUUAUAUAUAUAUUGUUGGAUCUGACAUGCCUUUGCUAAGUUAUUAUUGUUUUUUCUUAUUUUGAACAGGAACCAAAUUGCUUGUGUAAAUUUUCUUUCUCCUCUUUUGACCAAAGUUUGGAUUUUGUCUUAAAAGUCAUUUCAAAACAUUCUUGCACUGUUCAUGCACACAUUGUGCUAUUUUUCUAAUAAAUUACAGUUGUUAAGUCAAGAAGACACACUUUAAAAUUAUGCAUAAAAUAUUUAUGGUAGGAUUUGUAUUUUGAUUCCCCUCUCCUUCACUCUGUACUCUUACUGUAUUGUACGUGGAACCAUUAAGUUUGAGGGGGGAUUUUUCAAACAUGACUUUUUCUAUCAUGGUUAUAAAUACAUACUCAAUAUAUUCUGCACAGCAUUUUAACCGAACACUUUAAUGCUUUGUAAAUGGUGGGUGGCAGAACUAUUUAACAGGUUAUUUCAACGUGAAGUAGCUGUCCAAAUAUCGAAUGUUACGUGUUUACAUACACUUUUAAAUCAACGUCAACACUCUAAAUGUGAUUCUCAUUGUAUUCUAUUACAACUGAAUAUCGAAACUUUGAGAGAAGGUAGUACAUUUGCACUAGCAUUUAUUACAUCCUGCAUAUCCAUCUCAAUUGCCCAUUGCAUAUCCUUGUUUUUUUUUUUUUAAACUUAAUUGCAAAUUGCUAUUGUACAGAACGGUGUUUUCCAUUUUUCUUCGACGCUUCUUGAUAUACAGUUCAUGACGUGCCUUUAUUUGUUGCUACUGAGUUGACUGUUCUGAUUAAACAGCUGCUGUUUUAGAUAAUAUUAAUAAAAUAAAAUGGGGUGAAUUUG